AUGCCACCCUCAAACCUCAAUCUCUUUCCUCCGCUCUGGCCCUGCCGCCUGGAGUAUCACGGAUUCAUACUCGCUUUAAAUGCCCUCGUAUCCUACCGACUGUCUUUUGUGUUUGAUGAGGGUACAGGCAACGAUAUCAGGUUUAAAGCACAAGGCGGGCCCGCCACGCCGCUGUCGCCCACGCGCCUGUCGCGGCUGCAGGAGAAGGAGGAGCUGCGCGAGCUCAAUGACCGCCUGGCGCACUACAUCGACCGUGUCCGCGCGCUCGAGCUCGAGAACGACCGGCUCCUGCUCAAGAUCUCCGAGAGGGAGGAGGUGACCACGCGCGAGGUGAGCGGCAUCAAGACGCUGUAUGAGUCGGAGCUGGCCGAUGCCCGCAGGGUGCUGGACGAGACCGCGCGGGAGCGGGCGCGGCUACAGAUCGAGCUGGGGAAACUGAAGGCUGAGCUGGAGGAGGCGAACAAGAGCUCCAAGAAGAGGGAGGGUGAGCUCACGGUGGCCCAGGGCCGCGUGAAGGAUCUGGAGUCGCUGUUCCACCGGAGCGAGGCAGAGCUGGCCGCUGCCCUCAGCGACAAGCGCGGCCUGGAGAGCGACGUGACUGAGCUGCGGGCCCAGCUGGCUAAGGCGGAGGACGGUCACGCGGUAGCCAAAAAGCAGCUGGAGAAGGAGACGCUGAUGCGCGUAGAUCUGGAGAACCGCUGCCAGAGCCUGCAGGAGGAGCUCGACUUCCGGAAGAACGUCUUUGAGGAGGAGGUGCGGGAGACGCGGCGGCGGCACGAGCGCCGCCUGGUGGAGGUGGACAGCAGCCGGCAGCAGGAGUACGACUUCAGGAUGGCGCAGGCGCUGGAGGAGCUGCGCGGCCAGCACGACGAGCAAGUGCGGCUGUACAAGCUGGAGCUGGAGCAGACCUACCAGGCCAAGCUGGACAGCGCCAAGCUGAGCUCUGACCAGAACGAUAAGGCCGCCAGCGCCGCCCGGGAGGAGCUGAAGGAAGCCCGCAUGCGGGUCGAGUCCCUCAGCUACCAGCUCUCCGGCCUCCAGAAGCAGGCCAGUGCCGCAGAGGACCGGAUUCGCGAGCUGGAGGAGACCAUGGCUGGGGAGCGGGACAAGUUCCGCAAGAUGCUGGACGCCAAGGAGCAGGAGAUGACCGAGAUGCGGGACGUGAUGCAGCAGCAGCUGGCCGAGUACCAGGAGCUGCUCGAUGUCAAGCUUGCCCUGGACAUGGAGAUCAGCGCCUACCGCAAGCUCCUGGAGGGCGAGGAGGAGAGGUGGGAGUCGCCGGGCCCGGGCUCGAGCGGCAUUGGCUCCGGCAGCGGCAGCAGCAGCGGCAGCACCAGCUUCCACCUGGCGCAGCGGGCCUCGGCCUCGGGCGGCGUCGGCAUCGAGGACAUCGACCUGGAGGGCAGGUUUGUGCAGCUGAAGAACAGCUCGGACAAGGACCAGUCCCUGGGGAACUGGAGAAUCAAGAGGCAGGUCAUGGAAGGGGAGGAGAUCGCCUACAAGUUCACGCCCAAGUACGUGCUGCGCGCCGGCCAGACCGUCACGGUGUGGGCUGCUGGUGCGGGAGUGGCCCACAGCCCCCCCUCGACACUCGUGUGGAAGAACCAGAACAGCUGGGGUGUGGGCGAGAGCUUCCGGACCGUCCUGGUCAACGCCGACGGGGAGGAAGUGGCCAUGAGAACCGUGAAGCAGUCCUCGGUGGUGCGGGAGACGGAGAACGGGGAGGAGGGAGAAGAGGAGGCAGCGGAGUUUGGCGAGGAGGAUCUUUUCCAUCAACAGGGGGACCCAAGGACCACCUCAAGAGGCUGCCGUGUGAUGUGAACGGAACACGCCUCAUGGAUGACCUGUCUUUACCCAGAGCCACCGAAAACUAUUUUUAUAUCAUUGGCUGUCUUUAGUCCUUGAUACAUUUCUAGAGAAUUUUUAAGCAUACUGCCAGAACAUG